UGAUACUUUUUUAUAGCGUCUCUGUGUGUUUAAUUUCACUUAAAAACUGAUCUUCAAAAAAUGAUCGAUCUGGCUGCACUGUCAAUUGCAUUACUCCAAAAGGAAGACUUAUUUUAAACUAAAGUUAACAAGAAGUAAAAAGCUUUGCAAAUGUUUAAAUAAAAAAUUGAAACAAUUUUUGGUUUACGAAAUAAAAUUGAAAGCCGAAUCAUUAAUCGUUAGUGCUAUGGAUAAAAAAACCAACUAUUUAUCAUUAAUACUAUUGGAUGCCUUAGAAGAUGCAAAUGAAAGUGAUAUAUUUUAUAUACUAGAACGUAAUGAAAAUAUAGAUCCUGCUUAUGUACCACAAGAUCAUGGCAUAGCUCCGCUGCACUAUGUUUGCGGCAUGGAAAACACACAAUUGGCUAUUAAAGUGGCAAAGAGGUUUUUGGAAAUGGGCGCAAAUCCUAAUGUAUGCAGUGAAGAUAAUAUGACACCAUUGCAUAUAGCUGCUAUAUACGGACGCGAGGAGAUUGUCAAACUUUUAUUGCAAUACGAUGCCGAUUUAGAAAUCUACGACGUUGAUCGUAAAACUCCUCUCCUCUAUGCUAUUGAGGAGUGCCAUUUCGAAGUGGUACAAUUGAUGCGCGACCAUAUCUUUCUGAAAAAAUAUGAAAAAAAGAAAAAUAUGACAAACAUUUUGCAGCAUUCUAUUUCAAGUAUUGAAAAAUGUUCACAACAAUCUGCUAACGCCAAUUCAUCUGCCAAGUCUACGCUACAACUUAAUAAUACUGAUUCAGCAUCAGAUGACAAUUACGUUAACAAAGCUUUACAGAAAUUGAAAAUUUCUCAGGAUAACUCUUCUGGCGUAAACGAAAAGGAAAAGUUUACACCGAAUCGUUUACACUACAAUUAUGAUGUAACCUCACCUUAUUAUAUUAACAUAACGCAUCGUCGGCAUAAACCUCAACCCAAAUUUCCCGAAUUAAUACAGCAAGAACCAUACAUAAUACCACGGCAGGACACGGCAGAUGAUCUUUCCGCUUCUAGGAUCUCGGGUUCAUAUUCUGAUAGAGUUAAUACACAGUCGGUGAAUAUUUUCACCUUAACUGAGGAGAAUCUCAAAGAACUAGCACAAAGUAAUAGCUAUGCGGAAAGAUCUCGUUUAUCCAUUAUUGACAUAUGGCGACAAAAGGUACAAAAAUCUCGAGCUCGUAAAUCCAUAAUAAAACAAUUUGAUAAUAUUUCCAAUAUGAUUGAUGAAGUAAUGGACAAUGAACAUUAUAAUUUCACUAACAUUGCAGUGAAAGAAAAAUGUUUUGAACAGCUAGAUACUAAGAUAGAGAGUGAUGCUCGCAAUACACUCCCUCGUUUCUUAGGUGAGAAAGCCGAGUUAUUGGAAACAAGUGAAAAAGCGAUAAUUCUGAACUCUCAGGACUCGCUAAGUAAAGUUUUCGAAAAUGUUGUUAAAGCUAAAAUUUUAAAUUUCGAAGAUGAUUUAUUAAAUGAAAGCUCACCGUUGGAUAGCAGCUAUCAUACGGCAUCAGAAGUAAUAAUAAACGCAGAGAAUGAUACUGAUCACGAAAAUGAUCACUCAACGCAAAGAGAACAGGAAGCUUCUGUUGUAUGCUCCCCGCGUAAUAAAGAGUACUUUUUGCAAAUGACUGAAGCGUACGUUCACACAGACGACGAGAACGGUUUAGUGUUCUAUGAAACGAAAUUGUUAAGCAAUCUGGCCAAUACGAUGGCAGAGCAAUGUUUGCAAGUGGAUAACGGGUCAGUUUUUUCUUUCCAAAACUGUAUAAAACGAUUAACUAUUUUGUUAAAAUUGUUUACUUUUGAUAAAAGUUUACCAAAGCAAUCUCAAGAUUCCAAGGUAAAUGAUUUAGAUAGCACAUGCAAUACGCAGUUGACAAAUUUUGCGCUACCUCUUGAUUAUGAAACUGACGCUCUAAGAGCCGAAUUGACUUCAUUUGGAGCGCCACCUGGACCGAUUACUAAGAGCACUAAGCGCUUAUACAUCAAAAAAUUAAUCAAAUAUAAACGCAACACAACAGCUGCGCAAGCAUUGAAAAAAAAAUUAGACAAUAAUAUUUUGAAAUUUUCCGUAGAAUUACAGCGCACUUUAAAAUCGGUUGAACAAUUUGAACGUAUCCAAAAAGAAUAUACCAAAUAUGAGAUGAAAUCUGUGGAAUAUUUUGCUAAUAAUAAAGUAAAUCAUAAAAAAGCGAGAGGAGGUCAUCUCAAGCAAAGCUUUAUAUACAUGUUAAUUGAUCCCCGCAUUUCUUGUAAUCUACCUGGAGAAAUUAUGUAUUUAGAAAAGUAUGACAUGUGGCAGCGAUUUUUGCAAUCAAUUUUCUAUGUUGGCAAAGGAAAAACGUCACGUCCCUAUUCUCAUUUAUAUGAAGCCAUGAAAGUUCAUUCACGUUCGCAUCAAAAGGAAUUGCAAGAAAAACUUGCAAAAAAAGAUAGAAACAUAUCAACGAAGAAGCAACUCAUCAAUAUGGAAAGUUUGAAAGUACCGACUAAACAGUCGACAAAUAGCAAGAAAUUAAAUCGUAUUUUAGAAAUCUGGGCUAAUGGCAAUGGCGUAGUUUGUCUGCAUGUCUUCCACAACAUUGUGCCGAUUGAGGCUUAUACUCGAGAGGCAGCCAUUAUUGAAGCUUUAGGGUUGCAACAUUUGACGAAUUGUAAACGCGGUGAUUAUUAUGGUCCUGCCAAAACGUGGACAAUGAAAGAAAAAAAGUUCUUGGGCAUAGCACUAUUACAUAAAGCCAUGCUUAUCUAUUUAGCUGAAGGUGAAUCGCAAUUGUCGCCUAGCGAUCUUAUAUAAAACAAAAUUUAUUUUUGAUUUUAAUUCUCAUUUCAUUAUCUGUGAUUUUUUCUUGGUA